AUGGAGUGUGUGGAAGAGUGGAAGUUAAACACAAACAAAGUAACAAUGAUGCUCCGCGUCAAAACCAUUCUCCGAAACCGCUUGUUGCCGCUGAAAGUCAUCAUCCCCGGCUUCGCCGCCGCCGGGAACUUACAACCAGAAUCGAACAAGGUGUCUGGGUUGUGGAACUUGAAAGCAAGGACUGAGAAGGAUGUGGGGCGGAUCAGAGAGGUGGCUGAGAAGACGAAUCAGAAAGGUUUGGUUUCUUUCAAUGCAACCGCAACCAUUCAGGAUUUGUGCGGGAAAGGGAGGAUGGAAGAGGCUGAGGAGGUGUUUGAGGAGAUGAAUCGAAAGGGUUUGGCCCUUGAUCAGAGGACUUACACGUCUCUCAUUCAUAUGUUCUGCCACCAGGAGGAGGUAGAUAAGGCUUAUAAGGUUUUGAGUGAAAUGAUUGAUAGAGGGUUUUCGCCCUCGGUUGCUACAUACAACAAGCUUGUUCGUGCAUAUUGCGAAGAAGACAGGGUUCGGGAGGCUGCGGGGAUUUUGAGGGUUAUGGCUGAUAGGGGUUUGUCUCCUGAUGUUGAUAUUUAUAACACUGUUAUCACCUGGGGUGGUGACCAGGAGCUGGAGCUGGAUACGGCGCUUGAAUUCAAGGCGAAGAUGGUUGAAAAGGGCAUCUUGCCUCAUGCUGACACGUACUCAUGGCUUAUAGUGUCCCUGUGCUUCGAGCGAAGACUGUCCGAAGCUUUUGAUCUCUUCCGAGAGAUGCUGCGCGGGGGUUUGUCGACCGGUUUUCACCGUCUCUUGUUACAUACAACGCGCUUAUUUAUGGGCAUUGUUGUAUGGGGAGGUUUGAGGAGGCUCUAGGGAUUUUGAGGGGCAUGGCUGAGAUGGGUUUGUCCCCCCGAUGCUGUUAGUUAUAGCACUGUUAUAUCCAGGUUUUGCAAAAUCGGGGAGCCGGGGAUGGCGUAUGAAUUGAUGGUGGAGAUGAAUGAGAAGGAAAUCAGGGGGGUAUUGAUGAAGUCGUGUAUAAAUCACUUAUGAAAGGCCUGUCAGAUGAGAUUACUUAUACUAGUUUGAUAAAUGCUUAUUGUGCUGAAGGUGAAGUGUAUAAGGCUAUUACAUUGAAGGAUGAAAUGACACACAAUGGUUCUUUGCGAGAUGAUGUUCCCUAUAGUGUGUUUAUUAAUGGACUUGAUAAGAAAGCUAGGACAAGGGAAGCUAAAGAGAUCCUUCUGCGGAUGUUUUAUGAUUUGGGAAUGCAUCUGCCAACUUUCACAUAUGAUACUCUGAUAGAAAACUGCAGUAAUAAUGAAUUUAAGAGUGUGGUAGAGCUUGUCAAAGGUCUUUGGAUGAGGGGUUUAGAGAAUGAAGCAGCCAGUGUUUUGAACACAGUGCUUCAAUGGAAUCAUAAGCCGGAUGGAGCAGUUUAUAAUUUAUUAAUUGUUGAACAUUGUAGGUGUGGUAAUGUUGACAAGGCGUAUACUAUGUACAUGGAGAUGGUACAUUAUGGUUUUGCUUCUCAUAUGUUCUCUGUACUUGCUCUUAUUAAUGCUCUAUUAUAUGUUAGAAGGUACAAUGAGAUAAGAAAGGUGAUUCAAAACGUAUUGAGGAGCUGUGAUCUCAAUGAUUCUGAACUACAUAAAGCACUUGAUGAAAUUGACAUCAGUCAAGGUUUUAAAGAUGCUCUUUUGGAUGUGCUAGCUGAAAUAGCCAUGGAUGGACUGCUACUUAAUGGUGGAAAGUGUUCAUAUGCUCCAGCAAGUGCCUAAUAUAUUAUUUGGUUUUUGCUUGUUGAACCCUGUUACUAUAAGUAGGAAUUGUUUUCUGUUAUUUGGUUUUUUGCUUGUUGAACUUUUAAGUAGGAAUUGUUUUCUGUGUUUUUUUAAUCAAAAUGUAUUUCUUACUGUUACUGAUUUA